AUGACUUAUUUAGCACGUCACCAUCACGACACAGAGCAGAUUAAACAUACAAAUAAACGAUCACUUACUUUACCCACCGUUAAUAAAAAAAAGAAGGAAAUUGGAGAUUAUGUCCUGUGUAGAACCAUUGGUCGUGGUGCUUCGGGUCGUGUCAAGCUCGGUAUCCACAAGAUCACAGGUGAAAAGGUGGCGAUCAAGAUGAUUAGUAGAAGCCAAUUGACUGCAUCCAGUAGCACAGCUAAAAGUGUCCAACGUGAACUAGCCGUACUCCAAUUACUUCAUCAUCCUCACCUGAUUGAUUUACGACAAGUACUUCAGGACACGCAAUAUGUGUAUUUCGUCAUGGAGUACCUAGAAGGGGGUGAAUUAUUUCAUGUAUUGGCAGAGCGAGGUCGAUUACCAGAGUCUGAAGGUCGACAUUUAUUUUUACAAUUAAUUACUGCCUUGGCCUGGUGUCAUGCUCACCAUAUCACUCAUCGUGAUCUUAAACCUGAAAAUAUCUUGCUGGACAAGGAAAAGAAGAAUCUUAAAAUUGCUGAUUUUGGUAUGGCAGCAAUGCAACCAAUAAAUGCUCUUUUAAGAACAAGUUGCGGUUCUCCGCAUUAUGCAAGUCCUGAAAUUGUGAGAGGAAAAAGAUACGAUGGUACUGCGACAGAUGUAUGGUCCUGUGGAGCCAUUCUCUAUGCUAUCGUGACGGGUCAUUUACCUUUUGAUGAUGAACACAUGGGUAGACUUUUAGCGAAAAUUAAAACAGGUCGAUACCGUCCUUUACCCGACUACCUCUCACCCGAUGCAAGAGAUUUGAUUAAGCGUAUGCUGGUUGUUGAUCCACUCAAACGAAUGACAAUGGCAGAGAUUCUUCAACAUCCUUGGUUGACCAACAAAUCCUUUUUGGGUACUGAAUUACGAUUCUUUCAACAGCCUUCUUUAGAAUUUAAUCCUGUCUCAGAUCCAGAAUUACAGCUACCCAUGAUUCAAUCCUCUUUAGAUUUGGAUGGUAGAAUAUGGGAGACACUCAAAGUACUUUGGCGUGAGAAAUCCGAGGAUGAAAUUCUUAACCCCCCCCCCACCAAAUCAGGUUCUUCAGUUAGUUUGCCACUGCGGAGAUCUUCUGUCAUAGCAGAUGAUGUAUUAAUGACCCCUCCUCUUCGGUCUUCACUUCGUGCAACAGAUGAUGUGGAAUCUUAUUUACUCUCAACACCCUAUGAAUCAUCUUCGGUGGAUACCAUGUCUUGUUGUCGUACAUUGGAGUUACCACCUACACCCAAGUCAACAACGACAACGUUUGCGCACCGAAUGGACACGCUGGCCCAGACCGAAGAAGCGCGAGGGUCGAAAGCGGAUGCAGCCGAUGUAUUCAUCAUGACAAAACCAGUAGACACUUGUAUUUCAAUGCCCGAGACAAGAAGGAGUGCAUGGUGGCUGUGUUCAAAAGAUCCUGUUCGAUUGAAUUGGUUGGAUAAGACAUGUAACUAUUUCACACAAAAGGCGCCUCAAAAGAUCAUUACCAUUGAAUGCCUAUCCAAACAUGAAUGUGAAACAGCGGGUAAAUUGCAUCAAGUGCUAGAAGAGUGUUACCAUGGUAAAUUAACAGGUCGCAUGUAUCCUCAUGAAAAGAUCGUGUGGUGUGGUUCCAUGACCAAAAAUGAACGCCCACUUUCAUUUCUAUGCCAUAUGACAAAAAUGAUGAAUUCCGUUCAACCCAAGAUUCGAAUUAAUUUCAUCCAAGUAGGACAAGGAGAUAAUUUAGAAUCCUACAUGGAGGAGUUACUUCAAUGUCUCAACAAGUAUGAGAUGGAAUCCGAUUGGGUUACUAAAACCAAUGGUUGGAUUCACCCAGAAAUCCUAUAA